CGCCUGCACCCGGCGGCGCGUCCCGGGCGACCUCGGUAGUGGGCUGCGGCAGCCCGGAGCGGCGACCCUUUAAUGGGAGCAGGCGAGCCCUGGCCUCCGAGCUGAGCGCUGCGGCCGCGGCCACCACCAUGCCACAAUGGUGACCACCUGGCUCGUCCUGCUGAGUGUCUGGCAGGCGUCUGGCUGCCCGGGGCUGGCUGCCGCCGAGGUGCCCCCAGCGGGGCCUUCCUGCGCCCGAGAAGGGCAGGCGGCGUGCGACCCGCGUUGGCGCAGAGAUGCCGGCGGGCGCGGCGGGGUUUACGAGCAUCUCGGCGGAGCGCCCCGGCGCAGGAAGCUCUACUGCGCCACCAAGUAUCACCUCCAGAUCCACGCCAGCGGCAGGAUCAACGGCACCCUGGAGAAGAACAGCGUCUUCAGUAUUCUAGAGAUAACUGCAGUGGAUGUUGGAAUUGUUGCUAUCAAAGGCUGUUUCUCCGGCAGAUACCUGGCCAUGAACAAAAGAGGCAGACUUUAUGCUUCAGAAACCUACAACGCAGAGUGUGAGUUUGUGGAAAGGAUCCAUGAGCUGGGCUACAAUACUUAUGCAUCCCGCUUGUACCGGACUGUGCCCAAUGGGGCUAGCAGUAAGCACAAAGCUAGUGCUGAGAGACUCUGGUACGUCUCUAUCAAUGGAAAAGGCCGACCCAGAAGGAGCUUUAAAACCCGUCGGACCCAGAAAUCCUCUCUCUUUUUGCCUAGGGUGCUGGAUAACAAAGACCAUGACAUGGUUCGACUUUUCCAUACAAACACUAAGUUCAGAGAGAGCCUACUAAAGCCUCCAAGUAAGAACCAGAGGAGAAGAAGAGGACACUAAUGGAUGCACUGUGGGUGGGGUAGAUAGAGUGGAGGCUGGAGACAAGAGUCUGUGUUCAAAAUUGUACUAAAUAACUAACAAAUAUGGUCGUGUGACUAUGGACUCAAACUAAUAUUGUAUAUAUAUAUUACUGGCUAUCUCACCAACAUGCUUGCUAAUAGAUAUUUUAGAAAUAUUACCCUCUGCUAAGAACAUAUGACAUAAUAAAUUGAGACAUGUUCACA